CAUUCGAGGCGGGGCGCGACAGAGAGACAUUUGCUCUGAUCUAUGGAUACACGGAGGGGACUUUUGAAAUAGGCUGGAUUAAAAUAAAAAGUCAACAAUCACUCUUCUAUUUGAUCAUCGUUUCUGUGGAUGCGGUAUAAGGAACACUCGUGUCUGGUGUAUUAUCCGUUGGCUAUGGCGUUGGAAGGAUCCCUUCAACCUAAAUGCCUAAGAUGGCGUUUGUGCUGUGGACUGCGGUGGCAAAUACUGAUUUUCCUCCUGUAUUUCAGUCAUAUUGUCAGUGGCCAAAUCCGCUAUUCCAUUCCGGAGGAGAUGAAGAAAGGUUCUCUUAUCGGUAACGUAGCUCAAGACCUGGGGUUAGAUCUGAAAAGGCUCCGAGCGGGCCGUGCCCGUAUCGUGACGGGAGAAAGCAUUCAGUACACAGAGCUGAAGACAGACAAAGGGAUUCUAGUCGUGAGUGAGAGAAUAGACCGAGAGCAGCUUUGUGGUGACGUCACACCAUGUAGCUUCAACUUCGAAAUUAUACUGGAAACGCCAAUGGAGCUACACCGCGUGACUGUGGAAAUUUUGGAUGUAAAUGAUCAUGCCCCUAUUUUUCCGAAUAAUCACAUCAAAUUUGAAAUCAGUGAAUCCGCCACUCUGGGAUCUCGUUUUGUGUUGGAGAGUGCUGAGGAUCAUGACGUAGGAGUUAACGGUCUACAGAAUUAUGUUUUAACCACGAAUGACAAUUUUAUUCUGAAACAGCAUGCGAAUCCUGAUGGUAGAAGGUUUGCCGAAAUGAUUUUACAGAAACCGUUAGAUAGAGAGGAGCAUCCUCGUCUCUCUUUAAAGCUAAUCGCUGAAGACGGUGGAAAUCCGCAGAGAUCAGGCACAGUAAAUAUAGAGAUCACUGUCCUAGAUGUCAAUGAUAAUGCGCCUGUGUUUAACCAGUCAGUGUACAGGGCUACUGUGAUGGAAAACGCACAGAAAGGCACCUUUAUCACAACCUUAAAUGCCAGCGAUGCAGACAGUGGUUCGAAUGGGUUAGUUACUUAUUCAUUUUCUAACUUAAAAGGGAACUUAGCAGAUAUAUUUGAAAUUGACAGGACAACUGGCAAAAUAUCUGUAGCUGGACAAAUAGAUUUUGAAAAAGACAAGAAAUAUGAAAUUAGAGUUGAGGCUAAAGACCAAGGUGGUUUAACAGACCUCGGUAAAGUUGUCAUAGAAAUAGUUGACAUAAAUGACAACGCACCUGUUAUAAACGUCAUGUCUUUCUCCAGCCCUGUGUCUGAAGAUUCUCCUUUGGGAACAACCAUUGCGAUAAUCAAUGUCAAAGACGUCGAUUCUGAGAGGAAUGGUCAGGUUACAUGCUCUAUAGAUACGAACCUCCCAUUUAAGAUCAAAUUAUCUAUGACAAAUUAUUACAAUUUGAUCACUGAUUUAACUUUUGACCGGGAAACGACACCAGAAUACAACAUAACCAUAACAGCGACAGAUUCUGGUUCGCCUCCACUCUCGAGCACCAGGACAUUACACCUUAGAAUCUCUGACGUAAAUGACAAUGCUCCAUUGUUUCAUCAGGGCUCAUACUCGACCUACGUCACAGAGAAUAACUCUCCUGGAAUGUCCAUAUUUACUGUCAGCGCGCGGGACUCUGACUGGAAUCAGAACGCUAGAAUAUCGUACCUCUUGGAGGACACGCAGAUCAGUGGAACUCCAGUCUCUACUUAUAUAUCUAUUAACUCUGAAACUGGAGUUUUACAUGCGGUUCGUUCCUUUGAUUAUGAACAAAUUAAAGAGUUUACAUUUGUGGCUAAGGCGCAAGACGGAGGCUCUCCUCCCCUCAGUAGUAAUGUGAGUGUCAACAUCUUCAUACAAGAUCAGAACGACAACGCGCCUCAGGUUCUGUACCCAGUACAGACUAGCAGCUCUCUGGUGGCUGAAAUGGUGCCUCGUUCAGCAGAUGUGGGCUAUCUUGUCACUAAAGUGGUGGCUGUUGAUGUGGACUCUGGACAGAAUGCCUGGCUCUCGUAUAAACUGCAGAAAGCGACAGACAGGGCGCUGUUUGAAGUGGGCUUACAGAAUGGAGAAAUAAGAACUGUACGCCAAGUCACUGAUAAAGAUGCUGUGAAACAAAGGCUCACUGUUGUAGUGGAGGACAACGGGCAGCCCUCUCGUUCAGCUACAGUCAAUGUUAACGUGGCGGUGGCGGACAGCUUCCCUGAAGUGCUCUCGGAGUUCACUGACUUUACGCACGACAAGGAGUACAAUGACAACCUGACUUUUUACUUAGUAUUGGCUUUGGCUGUAGUGUCAUUUCUGUUCAUCACAUGUUUAGUGGUUAUUAUAUCAGUGAAAAUAUACAGAUGGAGACAGUCUCGCGUCCUCUAUCAUUCCAAUCUCCCGGUUAUUCCGUAUUAUCCACCGCGUUACGCAGACACCCUGGGGACAGGAACUCUACAGCACGUGUACAAUUACGAGGUGUGCAGGACGACUGACUCCAGAAAGAGUGACUGUAAGUUCGUCAGACCCUGUAGUCAGAACGUACUGAUAAUGGACCCCAGUUCUACAGGGACGAUGCAGCGGAUGCAGAGUGAACAGAACAUCCUGGAUGAACCAGACUCUCCACUAGAGGUGAGCGUGUUGGAGUUUAAACAGUAUGGCUCAUUGGACCGCGAGAGCGUGUCAGAACAUAACAUAACUGUAGUCGCCACGGACGCAGGGUCGCCUCCUCUCUCAAGUAAGAGAACAUUUCACCUGAAGGUGUCAGAUGUCAACGACAAUGCCCCAGUGUUUCCACGUGGCGUGUACAACUCUUAUAUCGCAGAGAAUAACUCUCCAGGCGUCUCUAUAUUUACUGUUAGAGCUAAAGACACCGACUCCAAUCAAAAUUCCCGUAUUUACUACAUUCUGGAGGAUACUGACGUCAACGGGACUCCUGUGGCUGCUUAUGUUUCGGUAAAUGCAGAGAGUGGGGUUAUACACGCUGUACGCUCCUUUGAUUACGAACAAAUCAAAGAGCUUACACUCGUGGUUAUGGCGCAAGACGGAGGCUCUCCUCCUCUCAGUAGCAAUGUGACUGUGAAAUUAAUGAUCCAGGACCAGAAUGACAACGCGCCUCAGGUUCUGUACCCAGUCCAGACAAGCAGCUCUCUGGUGUCUGAAAUGGUGCCUCGUUCAGCAGAAGUGGGCUAUCUUGUCACUAAAGUGGUGGCUGUUGAUGUGGACUCUGGACAGAAUGCCUGGCUCUCGUAUAAACUGCAGAAAGCGACAGAAAGGGCGCUGUUUGAAGUGGGCUUACAGAAUGGAGAAAUAAGAACUAUACGCCAAGUCAAUGAUAAAGAUGCUGUGAAACAAAGCCUCACUGUUGUAGUGGAGGACAACGGGCAGCCCUCUCGUUCAGCUACAGUCAAUGUUAACGUGGCGGUGGCGGACAGCUUCCCUGAAGUGCUCUCGGAGUUCACUGACUUUACGCACGACAAGGAUCUCCCAGUUAUUCCGUAUUAUCCACCGCGUUACGCAGACACUUUGGGGACAGGAACGCUACAGCACGUGUACAAUUACGAGGUGUGCAGUACGACUGACUCCAGAAAGAGUGACUGUAAGUUCAUCAGACCCUGUAGUCAGAACGUACUGAUAAUGGACCCCAGUUCUACAGAGACGAUGCAGCGGAUGCAGAGUGAAAAUAAUAUCCUGGAUGAACCAGACUCGCCACUAGAGUAUGCCUGCUGA